AUGGGGGAGCAGCUCAGUGGGGAGGACAGCAGGGAGCUCCAAAUUCAGAACAGUCCAAACUGCUGGAAGUUGGAGUCCACAAUGCAGUGGUUCUGCUGGCAUGUGCCAGCAAAGUUGAGCCUGGGAUUUCUGUGUCUCUUUCUGGUUUGCAACACAGGUUCAAGCUUGAGAAGAGAACAGAAGAAAGAGAAGCAACUGGCAGUGCUGGCUACUGCAGAGCUGCCUGCAAAGUCGGUGGAUUUGGCUUCUCUGAACCUGACAGAGCUGGUGAACAGCAUGUUGAACACGACACUCAGAGGUACCAAAAAACUCUUCUCCUUGCUGAGUGUCACAUCUUACAGCUCGUUUGCCUUCCACAAAAUCUCAGUCACCGUCUAUAACAUAUCUAACAUAAAAAAUGUUGACCCUGGCAAGUUCCCUAUGCAUUACUGCUACUGUGUGAACAAUGUGACAAAUGACUUGACAGAUUUUACAGCUUUGCUUGUUGAUGUUAUUGGAAACUCCAGCAGUUAUCUUACUGAAAUUUUCAAAUCCACUUCUAUUCUCUCAGUGCGUCAGAGCAACGAUUCAGAUUGUAUCUACAUCUGUGUGAUGACAGGGCAGACAGGGAGAAAUCUACCUGACUUUUGGGAAACACUGGAGAAGUCUCCUGUUAUUAAUUACACACUUUCCAGUAACAUAUCUGAUUUGGGUGACAUGUCUGCAAUUUGGAUGCAGACAGUGUCUCCUCAAGAAACCAGGAAACUGAUGCAAACAGAGACAGAUUUGCCUUCUUCAGUGCUGCCCACACCACCCUACAGGCCUGGGGCCACAUUGAAACUUUACUCAGCUACCAGGUGUCCUCAGGCAUUCCUCCAAGAGUCCCAUGUGACCUCUCCACCUGUCACCCUGAUAGUGCAAAAGAUCAACCCCUGUGUGAUGGAGCUGUGUAGGUUUUUUCAGCUGUGCCUCUGUGUUGGUGGGAGGAGAUAUUCCCGAAAGGAAGCCAUGAGGUACUGUGUUGAAUACUAUUCCUGGUUCUUGAAAAAUGCAAAUUAUGUGUGUGAAAAAGCCAAGAGAGUUGCUUACUCCCACACAUUAAAACAAAAAUGCCUUAAAAACAUCUGCACAUCAGUCUAG